CAACAUUCAUCUCCUAAUUAAAAACCCAAAAAUUUCAUUUUCUUUUCUUGCAUUAUAUUACCCCACAAGAUAAGAUCAGAUUAGAGCAAAAUGAGAAUCAAACCCUUUCUGUUGAAAGCCAUUAUUGUAUGCCUGAGUUUUGUUGUGGAGCUAGUAAAAUCUGACCCAGAUCCACUCCAAGACUAUUGUGUGGCAGACACAAAAAACACCAAAAACUUGUUUCUUAAUGGGGUGGCAUGCAUCAACCCAGAUUUGGCUGUGGCUUCAAACUUUGCCACUUCAGCUCUGGCAAAACCUGGCAACACCAAGAACACAUUCGGCUUCAACGUUACGGCCACCAAUGUCGCAGUCUUGCCUGGCGUCAACACUCAAGGAUUAACGUUGGCUCGUGUGGACUUGGCGCCCGGCGGCCUCGUUCCGCCGCAUACGCAUCCCAGGGCAUCGGAGGUGACGAUCGUGCUUAAGGGCGCAGUGUUGGUGGGGUUUGUGGACACUUCAAAUCGGCUAUUUACGCAGCAAUUGAGGGCCGGAGAUAGUUUCGUGUUCCCCAAGGCUUUAAUCCAUUUCCUUUUCAAUAUGGACACCAUGAAGCCGGCGUUGGCCGUGUCGGGGCUGAGCAGCCAGAACCCCGGCGCCCAGCUCACUUCUCUCGCCACCUUCGCCACCAAACCGGCGGUGCCGGAUGAAGUCCUCAAGAAGGCGUUUCAGAUCAACGGCAUAGAUGUCGCCAAGAUCAGAAAGAAUCUUGGAGGAUGAUAUAUACAUAUACAUAUAUAUGAUGAAUAUCAUCAUUAAUUACAGGUGCAAGAAUAGUAUCACAAGAAUGUCGUUUAUUAUUGUUAAGAAUAAAAGUGAUAUGAUGGCCAUGUUAUUAUAACUUUU